AUGUCUUCUCGAAACCACUUAACACAACUUGUUGGCGGACCUGUUACAUUAUUCCAGACAAGAAAUAACCUCGACGAGUGUAGAAACUAUCACUUUCAUUCUCAGAUAUUCAUUCCGAAUGAGAACGAAAGAAUAGAAAUAUCAAAGAAAAAAAAUGGCAAUCUUUUCAUCCAAGCAUCAGUUCCAAGGAAAAGAUUUUUCCUAAAUGUUUGUUCACUUCACAUUUUCACUAAAAGCCAGAUUAUGUUAUGGGCCCAGCUUUCUUUCACUGACAGAAAUAGAAGUCAGCGACUGGAUAAUACAAUUCGCUGAGAGAAACGUCAUUGUUCUCUAAGAAUAUCCGUGAUUGUCGUUUUUAGUUCAUAGAAAUGAUGAAAUGUCUCCUUCUCUCCCUUUCAAAAUAAUCAGCGGCCGCGAUAAUCUAUUGAAUAAACACUAAUAACCAUCCACUUCGAAUUUCCCCGUCAACUCGCCAGAUCUACUCGAUUUCAUCACGCCCUCAGACCAUUUUGCUUUUGUUCGUAUCGCCUCAAAAGAAAAUUUGACACGUUGUAAUUUCUGGCCAUCGCCGUCAAAUAUGGAGGAGCUUCCGGUGCCGGGGGAAACGCAUUCAAACGUCAGGCGUGUCACACUGACAAGUCCGGUAAUUUGUGUAAGUAAUUUGUUCGACGCCAUGUUGAAAUGUUGAAUAAUCUAUGAAAGUUCCUUUCGUAUUUAUUUACGCCCGGAAUUGAGCUCCAGAAGACGUUUUUUGACGGAAAUGGAACGACAAACAAAUUAUUGUUCGACUGUCUCGGUUCUAUGACUGGAAACGUCCGAAUUGACGACGUUUAUUGUUCACAUAAAUUAAUUUCUUAUAGAGGAAGGAAAUCUCAAAGAGCACUAUUCAAUUAAUGAAUGAACCUUUGGUAAUUUGCAUUGAAAUGUCAUUCGUUUCGCUGAGAAAAUAUUCACAAAUUAAAUUCAUUUGAAUACUGCGUUGCUGAUGUCAAUUUCAGCAUU